CGGCUAACUUGACGUCUGUCAAAUAUUCGCAAGACUCAAGGUAAUUUUGUUCAGUAGGAUUUUUCGCUUUGUUUGCGUUCUGCUGAAUAUUAAUGCGGAAAUAUUUUUAAACCGCCAAAACUUAAAAAUUUAUUUGUAAUGCGAAAGUCAAAGGCAAUUGCAAAGGCAAAGAAACGAUGUAGCGAUGAAGAGCGACAACGGCUAAUAAAAGUAUUAAAAAAAUAUCCUAUUAUAUGGGACCUAAAUCACAAAGACAAAAACAGCCGCAAACUAACCAACAUGGCAUGGGAAAAGGUAGCCAGGGAAGUGAAUGUAAAUGAACAUAUUUGCCGUGUAACCUGGAGAAGCAUACGUGAUAGUCGUCGCUACUAUAGGAAUAAGGCAGUUAGGCAAGGCGGUGGUAGCCUUUUGGAAGGCGAUUGCUCAUUGGAUGGUCUGGAGUUUUUGAAUGAAUCUUCGGUCAAAAGAAUAUAUGCAAACGGUAAGGGCGAAGAAACCACUCGAGAAGAAUAUGUAUCACCAUAUUUGGUUUAUGACUGCAAUAACCCCGACUCAAAGGCCCUGUGCGAUGAAAUUGAAGAAAUUGUUCCAGAAAAUUCAGAAGAUGAAUAUGAAGAGACAGACCGCAGGCCUCACACAACAAAUCACUCAGAAACAAUGGAAACUAAUGCCAAGCCCAUGAAAUAUCGACAUUCCAUUGAAAGUCAAUGUAAUGAAGAAAGUGAGAGUAGAAGCAACAGCAUAAGUGCGAAUAACUUAAGUAGCCAAGGGGCUAACGAAGAGCUUAAUGAUACAUUUCUAAGGCAUUUAAAUGCCAUUUUAAAAAAAUUACCUUUGAAAACGGCGGAAAACCUGGAAGCCAGGUUUAUGGCAAUGACAUAUGAAGAACUUGCUAAGCAUAGAGACUCUUAGGAAAAUCCACUUAAUAUUCCAAUACGCUUUUACAUUUUUUCACCCCUGCAAAUGGGUGUACUUGCUCUAACUUGAAAUGAAAUAAGAAUAUCGAAAUCAUUUCAAAUGAGUUGAUCAUCGAACUCAUUUCGAAUGAGUUCAUCAUCGAACUCAUUUCAAAUGCGUUUAUCAUCGAAUUCAUUUCAAAUGAGUUUAUCAUCGAACUCUUUUCAAAUUAUCAAUCUACAUUAGGAAUAAGAAAAAAAAAUGUAUAAGAUGAGCAAUUUUUGGCCUGUGACAAGAAAAUAAGUAAAAGGGACACUUGUGAGAUGCUUUCAUUUGAGACAUGUGAGAUCCCCUAAUAAUAGUUGACUUUGGAUUGCAACUCAAGUACAGUUGCGUUGCCAGGAGAUAAAGCUAUGAUAUAAAAAUUAGUAUUAAGCUGGAAUUUUUUUUCGGUAUCAUUCAAUAUCAAAGUUUUGAAAGUUCAGUUACUAAGUAAAGUGUAAAAAGUAUCGCAUUUAAGUACAGAAAUGAAAAUUUCUAUAGCAAACUUGCACAUUGGCAACACAACUGCAGUUGAGUUGCAAUCCAUAAUCAAUUCAUACUUUUAUUGUUUCUUAGAUAGUAGUAAAAAAACAAGUGUCGCUAUUCAUCUCGAAUUCAUAACACUUAAAUUUUUAUUCUUUAUUAGAAUAAAUAUCUGUUUUUACUUUUUUUCUUAACUUCUCGAAGAACAAACUGUCUUUGGCAAAUUUAUACUUUUUAUAGUAAUAUUCCUUAAGUUUAGACUAAUAUCGGGUAAGCCUGAUUUUAUGAUAACCCCAAGAAUCUAAAAAUGAUACCUUACACCCCGGUAUUGGUUUAAUUUAAAAAAGAAACGUUAAUUUAAAUACAAUUGUUUUGUCCUUAUCAAUAAAAAUUUAAUUUUUAUAUAAAUUGCAUAUGAAUUGUUGGCAAUACUUACAAGGAUCAAGCUUGACGUGACCUCUUCCAUGGAUUGUGUUCUCCACUUUGUAAGGCAUGGGCUUGUAAUCAGCAGCAGCCAAAAGAAAACGUAAAAGCCGAAGAAUCCCAUGUUGCUAUUCGGCCCUUAGCAAAAGGAAAACUGGAUAAAUUUUGCUUGUGAUGGGAAGAGG